AUGUCAAAAAAUAGAACUAACAAAAUGGUCAUUGAUAUGGACAAUGAUGAUUGUGAAGUUAAGUUGGUAUUUGAUGAUGACAAUACCACUUAGUAAGUCACUGAUCUAAGUUCAAGUCUUGUUAAGAAAGACCAUUUUUAGUAAUAAACUCAAGCAGAAAGCAGUGGUGAUAAAAAAAAUAAAAAUUAAAGAAAUAAUAAUAUGCAUUUCAUAACUGAAAAUCAUUUUUAGUAAAAUAGAAAACUUUCAGACCCAUUAGUCAAGUAUUCUGAUGAUCUUGAUGAGUUAUAAGAUGGUUUUUCUGAAAUUUUAGUUGAUCCUAAUGCUCUAUAGCGAAGAUAGAGAUUAACUAAUAUCAACCUGAUGGCUAAGAGUGACGUUGGAUUUAAGGUAAUUAAUUAAGAAGAUGACUCAAAUGAAUUAGUAUCUAACUCAUCACUAGGAUCAAGUAUGAUCAAUAAUUCAAACUCAUUAAUAGCAAACUCUGCUUCCAAUUAAAAAGCUGAUAAGCUGUCAGUAAAUCUUGAGUAUUAUAAAAUUAAAGUGUUUGAUGUAAAUGAUUUUUAGAAAGGCCCAGAAUGUUGUGUCUGCAAAUCUAAAUUUGGGUUAUUUUCGUUAAGAGUACAUCAUUGUAGAUUUUGUAGCAUGUCUUGCUGCUAGCAUUGUUCAGCCAAAAGAAUUAAUUCCCAUCGAUCAUGUGAUAUAUGUUUUAUUACUAUUGCAAUCAAAACUAACUCUGGCCAUGAUAAUCCGUAUUUAAAUACAUUUAGGAAAGAUGUUGAGUUCUAUUCAAAGUAUGAAAAGCUUGCUGAAGAAUAAAAUAAAAUUUUAAUUUCUCAAUACGAGAAUAUGAUUAAUCAUUGCGAGUAUUUGUCAACUAAAUAAUGGAAAAUGCAAUAGCAGGUUGAGCAAACAUAAAAAGAACGAGAAGAUUAAAUAAUUGAGCAUGGAAAAUAGCUGAGAGACAUUUUAUAUGAUAGAAUAUAAAAAUAGUAAGACAUAAAAAAUAUGAAAGGGAUUCUUGAUUCAAAGAUAUCACAAUUAGAGGAGAAGAAAAAGCUUCUUUACUAGCUAGAACAAAGGCUAAAAAGAUAAAGAGAAGAUAAUUUAAUGAAAUUGCAAGCUCUUGACACAAAGCAAAAAAAGUUAAAUAGACUCUAUGAAAAAUAAGAUGAACUUUAAUAAAAGCAUAAUUUAAAUUAGAAAUUAAUCGAACGUGAUGAUAGAAGCUCAUCAACUUUAAAUCCGAGUUUAAUCUACAACCAUGAUCAUUUUAAUAUCUUCACAAAUAAUACUUCCAAUAGAAGUUAGUCAGUAUAUGAUACAAGGGAUAACACUACCUUCAACACAGACUUGAAAGGUCCUACUUAUGAAUAAUAAGAAUUUGAAUAAAUAUAAAAUAUUAAAAAUAAACGUUGUUACACAUUAAAUUCUGAAUAGUAUGAUGAUUUUGAACCUAAAACCCAUAAUGUAGCUCCAAAAAAAGAGAAAAAAAUGAACAUGUGCUUAAAUAGAUAUGACUAUAAUUGA